AUUGGGUAGCGACGGCUUUGUUCCGGACACGGCAGCAACAGCGGCUAAUAACAAACUAUAAUCAAAUAUAUUUUUAGAUUUUUUUAAAGAGCUGGAUACAGGAUCCAAUCGCAUAUUAACCCGUUUGCGGUAGUCAGGUAACGUUAUGUCUAAGUCGAAGAAUCUAAAGGCAUUUCUGGAAUCGUCUCUAAAUGAGAUAUUUAAGGCGACCGUUAAUGACAUAUUGGAGUCGGUGGACGAGACCUUGGUUGAGUAUCAGGGCAGAAUACAGCGAAUUGAGACUGAAAACGAGGAUCUGAAACGGAGGUUGCACGAAAGAUUUGGAGAACAGGAUGCAGUGGAACUGAAAGCUGAACUGAAGUCUAGCGCCCUCCACGUCCCUGAAUCCCCAAGCGCAAAUUUCCUCCAGGAGUCGAGCCCCAAACCUGCCGCUGUGUCCAUCCAGAAGCAAGUGAUCCAGUCCACCCUGAACGACGGCAAGCUGUGCCCGGCGGAACGGCGGCGGUACAAGCAGAGCCGUCGCCAUGGCGCCCUCUACAAGGCAGAGCCGGGCGCCGAGCGCGGUCCUCGUGCGCCGGGGUCGGAGUGCGCGGACACGACUUCGGAAACGACGGCGCUCAAACUGGAGCACGUGAAGAAGGAGCGGGAGGCGGAGAGCAGCUGCGCCAUGGACCUCUCCAGGGCGCAGUCGCCGCUCAACUUGGCCACCAAGCCAAUCAAAACGGAGAGCGGGGAGCCAGGCUACACCCACCCGCCCUCCCCGCACCGCGCCGACUCCGACGCACCCGACAGCGACGGCGAGGUCAGGGUGACCAUCGUGUCGGACAGUCACAUGACCGCGGAGGACGAGGCCGAAGGUUUGGUCCAGUCAGGAUCCGAGGAGUUCGGGGAGAGCCAGAGCGAUACUGGGUGCGACGGCGUGAGUCAGGUGUUCUGCGAAGCGGAGUUUAGCACCAAGGACCUCUUCCUCCAGGAUUACUCAGGGCUGGGUCCCUCCGGGGACAGAGAGGAUCCUGGGAGCUCAUCCGCAGACAGCAGAGGGCUGGGCGGCCUGGUCUAUAGCAUCGAUACCGCCGCCCCCGGCCUGAGCCUGGACCGAUCGGAGCUGGGCAGGACGGCCGAGGGUCUGUACCACUGCUCGCUGUGCGAGAAGACCUUCACCCGGGUGGGGUCGCUCAACAUCCACCUGAAGAGCCACAGUGGGGAGAAGGCCCACGUCUGCAGCUACUGCGGCAAGCGCUUCGGCCGCGCUGACCUCCUGAAAGCUCACAAGCGCACCCACACGGGGGAGAAGCCGUACAGCUGCAACCUGUGCGGCAAGAGCUACGGCCACACCGGCCAGCUGAGGAUACACAAGCGCGUGCACACAGGGGAGAGACCCUACGGCUGCCCCCACUGCGGCAAGCGCUUCAGCGAGCACAACCAGCUCAAGGUGCACCUCCGCACCCACACGGGGGAGAGACCCUACAGCUGCACCGUCUGCGGGAAGACCUUCAGCAACGCGGGAAACCUGCGCAUCCACCAGCGCAUCCACACCGGGGAGAAGCCGUACUGCUGCGGCCAGUGCGGGAAGAGGUUCAACGGGAUGGGCGACCUCAAGACACACUACAGGGUUCACACGGGGGAGAGGCCGUACCACUGCGACCUGUGCGAGAAGACCUUCAGCCAGGCGGGACACCUGACCAUACACAAGAGGAUGCACACGGGGGAGAAACCGUACAGCUGCGCCGAGUGCGGGAAGAAGUUCAGCGUGGCGAGCAGCCUGAAGCUGCACCUGCGGACUCACACGGGCGAGAAGCUGUACAGCUGCUCCUCCUGCGGGAAGAGCUUCAGCCGGGCGGGGCACCUCAAGCGGCACGAGCAGGUCCACACCAAGGAGAAGCUGUACGCCUGCGCCCAGUGCGGCAAGAGCUACAGCGACCAGUCCACCCUGAAGAAGCACCAGAAGCUCCACGCGGGAGAGGAGCCGUUCACGCAGAGCGAGGAGAGCACCAGCGGGCCGGACGCUCCCAGCGGCCUGCAGCAGACGCCCCCAGAGCAGGCGUAGCGCGCUCGUGUGCGUCCCGUAGUUUAAACGUGUCCGGUGCAGUGCAGUACAGUACAGUCGGGACCCAUUUCACUACUGGACGGUAACUGAAAAAAAAAAAUGAUCAGCAUUCCAUUUCAUUCGUUGAAUUUCCAUUUCCUGAACUGAAGUGGAAUUGACCAGCCGCCCUGAUGCGGUCUGCUUUGGCCGGUGGGCUGCCUCUCUUUAAUUACAUCACCAAAUCACCAGCCAUUCUGAAUGUAUUUCUGAACCACUCUGUGAAAAUCAGCAGCUUAAACCCUUAAUACUUUACAUGUACUGUAGGUAGGAGAUAGCCUUUAUUAACUGUAAUAAUUGAUAUUUGUAGCAGUACUACAAUGUCAUCAUGCAAUUAAGUGUAAUUAUAUAAAAUUACAACUGUAUCAACCUCAUUUAGUAAGACCACUGUCUCGACACCCAACCUUACUGUUUGACGCUAUAUGCAAUUACUUCUUCGUUCUGACAUCAAAGGUUUAUGUAGAUUAUUCUACAGUCUCAGUCCCUUCAAUGUCGUUGGUCCAGGUAGCAUUUCAAUGUUGUUAAUGGGAGUGGUUUCAUAGUCUUUGAUUGUGUAGGGGUGCUAGCCCUUUAGGCCUUUCUUAUGAAUGCGAGAGAAUUAAGGUGCACGUUACCAAAACAGAUGACCCUACAAUGUACUAAACUGACAUUUCUCAGCAUUCAGGAUCUGCAGUUGUACGUAAGUGGAAAAUGUUCUGUGCUACGCUAGAAGUGCACAUGUGAAUGACCUUGCAAAACUGCGAAAUAUAUUUGUACUCUUAAGCCAAAUUAAAAUAAUAUAUAAACUUAAA